GCUGUUCUUUCUGCCAGAGCUCGCCCUCUUAGUGGCGGCUUAGGAGUGACAAUAGAGGAGCGGACCUGGAGUGCCGAAACACAGAGAGGGAAAGAGAAAGAGGGAGCUCACGUCCACAUUUUUCACGCAGGUAUGCAAUUACACAGUAGAAACUGAUUUGCACUAAUUAUUAGGGGUCUCAUUUCAAAGUAGUUUGGCAGCAGAGAGGAUGCAAGGCUGUGUGUGUGUGUGUGUGUGUGUGUGUCCUCAUUUGUGUGUGUAUUUUUGACUGUUUGAGUAUGUUUUUCAUUGCCUGACGACACAAACUGAAUUCUUCCGCUGCUCUAUGUUCACUACAUACCUCAGUCUGAGACUACCAUGGUUGAAGUCGUUUGUGGUGACGCCAAAAUGAGGGUUGUUGUACAAAACAAAGUAAUCAGCAAUUGGAUCAUCUCUAACCAAUCAGAGUAUCAAAGCCAAUAACACAUUUUCUAAAUGCCGCCUUACCCAUGUGUUCUGGGCUGGCUUUGGCCCAACACAUCGGUUUUCUGGGACCAAUCAGAACGGUUAGAAUGUGUUUGCGUUCUAGAAAAUUGUCAGGGAGGUACUCAGAUCCAGACUAAUUGAGGAAAAUAAACUAAUGUCUGUGGGCGUGGUGUAAGGUUUGGCCGGAGCAAGGAGUUUUGGUAGCCAGGCAAUGUUUUUCAAACGAGUACAGCAUACUGUAUGUAUACAUAUUUUAUAAAUGCUUUUAUGUCUGAGCAUAUUUAUGUUCUGCAUGAGGGAGUGAAGCAGGUCAAAUGUAGUGUGUAAAUGUACAGGUUAAGGUCAGUCAACUGGUGUAAAAAGUUAUUGUGACACAGUUGACAUAGAGGGUGUAUACCACAACACCUUUAGGAAAUGAAAGAGGUGACAAUGACAGGCUAUUUCUUUCUAGUAGAGGUAAACAUUCUGUGCCAUAAUACAGAUCAGGCAUACAUACUGCAAUACGUUUAUGUAGGUGUGAGUGUUGAAAUUGUACUGACAACUAUGCAUCCACAUUACACCUCUCACAGGAAUUUACCAGCAUCAGGCCUCAGUGUGUUCAACAGUGGCCACUGUAUAGCUAGCUUGUCCCUCACAUGCUAUUUACAGUGGGAAGUUGUAUCAGCUUAUUGUAUUUCAAUUGAAUAAAUACUGUGUUGUUUAGUGUGUUUCAUGUUGUACCUGACGACGGUCUGUUGUGCAUUGCAUUCUGUGUGUUCCAGCAUCAUGGCGUCAGCUGCUCCACAGAAGAGGAUGGUAUCCUCCUUCUUUAUUACGCUGGCGUCCCCUUACAGAGCCACCAUCACACAGCACCAACACACACGCGCACACAGCGCCACCGCCAAUGACAUGCCACAUACAGCCACGCGGGUUGGCCCUGAGGACAGCAGCACCCGUAAACUCAGUGUCAGUGGCACACAGCAAAGCACCAUUCACAGGCAGGAGAGGGCUCUGUCUGAGUCCCAGGGCAGUACACACAAAGGGGUCCAGAGCUCCACACCUUCCCUGGCCAGACCCUCAGAACCCAGAACUCCAGCCAGCCCAGUGGCCCCUGACCUCAACCUGGGUCUGGGAGACUCACAGCAGCAGCAGACACAGACAGCAGCAGACAAGGGUCCUGAAGGUAAUCAGGAGUAGUCAAUAAAUUCAUUACAAAAUCAGUAUUUUUUUCUGUGAAGAAAUCUAGAUAUGACCAUUUACAUAUAAUUGUAUUGUUAUGAAUGAUAACAAAAUACAUACACUGUAUAAAGAAUAUGUUGACAGACAGGUUUGUGAUGAAGAUGACAGUGCAAUUACUGCAACAUUCAUAUCAAUACAGACAACCUCAAAAACCACCAAAACCUCUUGAACCUCUCUUCCUCACAGAGCUCCUUCCUCCACCUCCCCCUCCUCCCGUGUUUUUGGAUGCUGAGCUGACUGAGGAUUCCACACCUCUCCUGCCUCCUCCACCCAUGCAGGAGUCCCCCACUGCCCCCCUCUUCCAACAUGUGUCCUCAGACAGACCACCAGUGUCUGACCAACUGGUAAGACUGGCUCUACAUCCUAGCUCAGUAAUGUCUAGCAAUGCACACAGUGAUAUACUGAUAGUGAUGGGUGCCAAAAGCUGUGUGCAGAGACUAUUGUGUGCAACACGUGUAAAACAAUACAGUAAAAUUCUUACUUGAGAGCUAUUUCCCAACAAUGCAGUGAUUAUACAAAUAUUAAUAAUAAUAAUAUAGAUAACAAUAGAACAUGUAAUCAAAAACACACAAGAAGUACGAUAUAAGUUGAAGAAACAGGAGAAUGCAAGUAUACUGUAUACAGGUCAGUGCCAGUACCUUAUUCAAUGUACAGGGGUACUGGAGUAUUUGAGGUGGGUUUAUACAUAAAAAAGUGACUGGUAGUAGGAUACACAAGUAAACAGGGCUGAAAGGUGACUGGUAGUAGGAAUAUACACUGAGUGUACAAAAUAUUAGGAACACCUUCCUAAUAUUGAGUUGCAUCCCCUUUUGCCCUCAGAACAGCCUCAAUUCGUUGGGGCAUUGACUCUACAAUAUGUCAAAAGCAUUCCUCAGGGAUGCUGGCCCAUGUUGACUCCAAUGCUUCCCACAGUUGUGUCAAGUUGGCUGGAUGUCCUUCGGGUGGUGGACCAUUCUUGAUACACACUGGAAACUGUUGAGCGUGAAAAACCCAGCAGCGUUGCAGUUUUUGACUCAAACCAGUGCACCUGACACCUACUACCCUACCCGUUCAAAGACACUUAAAUAUUUUAAGGGGGGGUGUAAGUGUGUGGCGUCAGUAAUGAGUGUGUGAGUGAGGGUGUAUAUGAGUGAGGGUGUAUAUGAGUGAGGGUGUAUAUGUGUGUGUGUAUGUGAGUAUGUGUGUGUGUGUGUGUGUGUGUGUGUGUGAGUAAGAGUGACAGGGAAGGUGUGUGUGUCUAAGUGGGUAGAGAGACCAGUGGAUGGGCACAGAGUCAGUGUGGAUAGUCUGUGGGAGAGGGAAAGCAGUCGUUUUUAGCCAUUUAACAGUCUUAUGGCCAGGAGAUAGUCUGUUGGUCUGAGCCAUGAUGCACCGUAACCGCCUGCCGGACGGGAGCAUGGAGAAGAGUCCAUGUCCAUUCCAGGUGACUACCUCAUGAAGCUAGUUGAGAGAAUGCCAAGAGUGUGCAAAGCUGUCAUCAAGGCAAAUGGUGGCUAUUUGAAGAAUCUCAAAUAUAAAAUAUAUUUUGAUUUGUUUAACAUGUUUUUGGUCACUACAUGAUUCCAUAUGUGUUAUUUCAUAGUUUUGAUGUCUUCACUAUUAUUCUACAAUGUCGAAAAUUGUAAAAAUUAAGAAAAACCCUUGAAUGAGAAGGUGUGUCCAAACUUUUGACAGGUACUAUAUGUAUUACAGUUAAGUGGGGGGAAACACAGCUGUCUUUUGGAUAAAAGUGGAUGACACUGCACAAAAACAUCCUCACCCGCUUAUACAGCACUUAGAAGAAACAGGAUUUUAUCUAAACUGUUGAUCUCUCUCAGGGAAACAUUACCCUCCCUGUCGCCCCAUUAUUGUGUUCGGCGUUCUCAAUCUCUCAGUCGAAACAAUGAAAACACAGGCCAAUAAGAUGCCUGAACGGAAGGGCAUUGGGGAUUUGAUGUAUUUUUGCAAAGAACACUCACAGUGUGCAAGACUGGGGCCCCUUUCCCCAUUACCAUGAACUGUAGCCCUAUUCCCUCUCCAUCCAGAAGGUUUGGACCCAAAAAAUUGCAAUCUCAUUUUGAGAGAGAGAAAAUAAAGAGAAAAUAGUGUAUUGACAUUACUUGAAAAUGGCACUGUUGAGGAAGGCUUAAGAAUAGCGUGUCUGUGUGCCAAACAAAAUAAUUAGUCACACAAGAGAAGAAUCUUUGACUUAAUCCCCUUUUUUACCCACAGAGUACUGCAGUGGAUAGACAGCUGGAGCAAAGCACACCAUCUAGUUGGGGGGAACAGAAGGAACCGUCCCAGCGGAUCCAGGGCAGUCAAGAGGAGCAGCUAGUGACAGUAGAGACCAAGGGUAAGGUGAAGGGUCAAAUUGUGUCUGGGAACUUUUAGAAAUGUCACCUGGGCCUGGCACUUUUCACAUUUCACAGUUAUGAUAUCAGAGGUCGAAUUACAGGGGAGCUAGGGGGAUGAGAGGGGCACCCUCAUAACAAAUCGGGGACACCACAUAAGAUUUAAAAUAUAAUAAUAAUAAUAUAUUACAUUUACAGUAGCAGAUUUUAAAUGGCAUAUAUUUAGCAUCUGUUAAAUUGUCAGAGAUAUCGACUUCGAGCACCCCUAAACGUAAAUGUGUAACUUGAACUCUGCUUGAUAUGUGAAUGUUUGCUUUGUAGAGGUGUGUGGAUUCUGUGGGUAGCCUGUAAAAUUGUACAAGCGUCAUCCGAAACUUUUCACAUUUGACACUUGACUUGAUGUAUGCUUGCUUUGUAGAGGUGUGUGGCUUCUGCCGUAAGCCUGUGGCCCUGAGUGAAACUGCCAUCGAGGCUCUGAACAGGACGUACCAUGCCAGUUGCUUCCAGUGCAGACAGUGCCAUAUCCCUCUGGCUGGUAAACUGUAUUACAACAAGGCAGGAAUACCACUCUGUGAGGACUGCUACCAGGUAUGACAACCUGGACUCAGGUGUAGAUGUAACAUAGUAAAAAUAAAUCCGGAACUCUCCAAUUAGUAUUUGUUACGUUUCGUAUGGUAUGUAUUAAUUUGUGAAUGUCUAUCAUCCAUUUCGUACAAUAUGUUACGAAUUGCAAUUUUUACAUUAUGUUACGAAUUUGCAAAAUGUAUGAUAUGUUACAAAUUCCAAUUUGUUGUGGCUAACGUUAGCUAUGUGGCUAGGUGGCUAAUGUUAAUGUUAGCUAGGUGACUAAUGUUAGCAAGGCUAGGGGUUAGGGGUUAAGGUUAGGGUUAAGGUUGGGAUUAAGGUUAAGGUUAAGGUUAGGACUUAGGUUAAAAGGUUAAGGUUAGGGGAAGGGUUAGCUAACAUGCUAAGUAGUUGCAAAGUUGCUCAUUAGCUAAAAUGCUAAAGUUGUCCUCGAUGAGAUUCGAACAUGCAACCUUUGGGUUGCUAGACAUUCACGUUAUAUGCCCACCCAUUCGUUUUUGCCUUAAGUAACCUUCUGUCCUAUGUAAGCAUACCAAACAUAACAUAUCAUACUAAUUUGAGUGUCCUGGAUUUACAUUUACUAUGUUAUGUCUACUUUAUGAGACCAGGCUGGGUAUGAAGACCCUUCUGGAAAGGAACAAGACAUAUAGUAGAUGAUGACUUUAAGAUAUAGGAUAUUGAAUGGAUCACCUGUUGCAGGAUAACUUUUCCAGGAAAUUUAAAACUUAUUCGAGGUUUAAAAAGGCUUCUGAAGUUUGUAAUUUCCACUUUGAAAUGUCUUCAUCAUAGAGGUAGUGGAAACACAAUUAUCAUCAUCAUCAUUAGCUUAUUAUUGUCCAGCUCCCCUACCCAUUCCCCAACUACCUUGAGUCAGUAUGUGUGAUCUCCGACAGCAGCAGGGUCUUGGUCGUUGCGUGUCCAGUCCCCAUUCCCUUUCCCAACUACUGCGGAGUGAGUGUCAGUCCUACAGUAUGUGUCAACUAGUAUAAUUACUGUUUGUGAAGUAAAUAUGGUGAUUAUUAUUAAGGUUCUGGUCUUCUGAAAUGUCUGACUUGAUUUUCCCUCCUGUGGUAACAAACUGGCUGAAAUUAAGAUCCUAUGUCUUUAUGAUGAUGAUGAUGAUGAUGAAGAAGAUAAUAACGAUGAUAAACUACUCUCUUUCCUUCAGGCCAGUUUGGAACUUUGCUGGGCAUGUGGGGAAGUUAUCAAAGACCACGUAAUCCGUGCACUGGAAAGAGUUUACCACCCACCUUGCUUUAUCUGUGCGACAUGCAGACAACCAAUUGGAGAGCAGAGAUUUGCUCAGGGAGAGGUUGGGGAAGUGUAUUGCCUCCAGGAUUACUACAGGUACACACACAGCUACACAAAUCUCCAUCUUCUGUUCUGAGUUCUGACACACUCAUAUAUCAGGAUCACUUGAUGAUGAGAGCUACUAAAUGGGCUUGAUGUUGGUGUAAUUGACAAUUUUGAUAAUGAAUUCACAAUAAUGAAAUACUGUGCUCGCUCUGAUUUGUGUGGCGAAGGAAAUACGCUCCCCAGUGUAGUGCCUGCCAGCAGCUGAUCAUUCCAAGAGAGGAUGGCACGGACAGCUACACCGUGGAGUGCCUGGGACGCUCCUUCCACGAGGACUGCUAUCGCUGUGAGGUACAGUUCAGGAACAAGAGAAAUGUUCUUUAUAUGAUAGUGGGUAGCUAUGGGUGUUUGCUAUAUUUGUGUGCCGAUCUCAAUCAGCACAAUAAUUACUGGGGAUUGUGUCCUUCACAAUCACAGUUCAAACAUCUAAAAUAGAAUAAUGUUAGAACAGAACAGAAUAGAAUAAAAUAACUGUAUUUUUCCCAGAGGAAACUUUGGCUGUGGCAUCUGGAUCUCACAGCUUUUUCCCUUUUAUUCACCCUAUCUUCAGGUCUGCAGUACCCAGCUCUCCCCAGAGCCAAACGACUAUGGCUGCCAUCCACUGGAUGGGAGGGUGCUGUGUAAGUCUUGUCACCCAUAGAGAUGUAAAGAGGCCUCAUCAUUGUAUCCAUGCCAUUGUGGUUGUCUGUGACAGCAUGGGCAGCCUCAUUGAGGCUAUCUCCAUUUUGAAGUAGUCCAUUUUCUUCUUCACGAUUGGCUGAUCCCUCCCGAUGACCCGGUUGCACAUGACUCUAACAGGGUCACCAGGAGGGCUCAGCCAAUUAAGUUGGAAGUCCCACCCAUUUGACUACAUUAUAAUGGUAGAAGUCCUAAAUGGUGCUGCCCAUGCUAAAAUGGCCUUUUGGCCACUAGAGGCCUCUAUCAUUCUCUAUGUUGUCACCUGACCAUGGUUCAGUCUGCCCAGCUCUAAUACUGAACUCAGAA